AUAUAAUUUUAAAGUCAACAAACAAUCUCUUAAAAUUGCUUAAAAUUUUAAAAUAUUUUAAGUUUUUAGAAUGUCUGUGGAAACUCCGAAUUAUGAAUUGACUAGGAUUUGUGUUAUGUUACAAUCAGAAGUAAAAAAACGACGAAUACAAGGUUUAAAAGAGAUUUUUAAAUUAUUAGAAUUAAAGCAAUCUGAAAAUGAAAUAUUGCAAUUAUUCGAUAUUAUUAAUAAAUCAUUAUUAAGAAUUUUAAAUGAUUCUGUAGAAGAGUGUCGUGAUCGAACAUUGGAAAUUAUAAAAUUAUUUAUAAUUAAUUUAAAACCGAAUGAUAAAUAUAUCAUGUAUUUACUUCCAAUUUUAUCUAAAAGAUUAGGUUCUUCUGAACAAAUAGAAACUUCAGAAGAAGUUCGAUUAAAGUGCAUUAUAUUAUUAAAAAUAAUAAUAUUGAAAUAUGAAAAUUUAUUAGCAUCAUAUAUUGAUGAUUUGACAAAAAUCUUAGUACAAACUGUAACAGAUAAUUAUCCACUUGUUAAAAAAGAAAGCUGUGAUUGUAUAUCUGAAUUUGCAAAAAAUUUAUCAAGAUAUUUCUAUAUACAAUCUCAAAAUUUUGUAAAACCAAUUUUGAAUAAUUUUACACAUCAACACUAUAGAAUUAGAGUUGCUUCUGUAAAAACAAUAGGAGAUUUAAUUCUAUAUGGAAAUACUAAUAAGUCUAUAGAAGAAGUAACUACAUUUUUAGCAGGACGAUUGUUUGAUCAAAAUGGUCUUGUAAGAAUAGCGGUAAUAGAAGUAUCAGGUUGUUGGCUUUUGAAAUUAAGAGAUCGAUAUAGUUGGUGGCACAAAAUUCUUCCAUUACUUUUAACAGGUCUUCAUGAUGAAUUAGAAGAAAUUAGACAAAAAAGUGCUACCUUUUGGGAUGCUGUAGGACAAUUGUAUAUAGAAGAAAAUCAAAAUGAUGAAAAAUUAAAAAAUAAAUUGGAUUUUCUUACCAAAAAUCCUCAUCAUUAUCCUAAUGUUAUUAGACCAAAUUUAGGAUGCCGUAUGAUAGCACAGCAAUGUUUCAGUAAAUUGAUAAAUGGAAUUAGUUUAGAAUUAGAAGAUUGGAUUGCAGACAUAAGAGUACGAACUGCACAGUUACUUUGUGUAUUUAUUUUAAAUAUAGAAGAAGAUGUAAUACAGCAUAUUGGAAAACUUUUACCUCCUAUGUAUCGAGCUUGUAAUGAUGAAGAUAAUAGAGUUGUAGAAAAUAUAGAAAGAGCAGCAGAAUAUUUAGGAUAUUUUGUAUCACCAAAAAUCUAUUGUAAUUUGAUAAUUCCUACUUUUGAAGAAAUUCCAUCUGUAGGUCACUUAAAAGUAUUUUCUGCAAUUUUAAAAAGUAGUGAACGUUGUAUGCUCCUUCCAUUAUUAGAAAAUAUUGGAAAAUUCUUACAACAGCCAUAUAUCUGUCAAAGUAAAAAAGGAACAUAUCAAAAACAAAUAAUUUCUUGUUGCUCUUCUUUAAUUUCAGUAUGUAAAGAGGAUUGUAAGAUUAUAUCAAAGGAAUUAUUUAUAAUAAUAUUCACUGUCUUAUCUAUGACACAAGAAAAUUUGAUAAAAUUAGAAGCACAAAAAUUAUUAAAUAUUCUUGCUAAUAUUAAUUCAUUUGAUAAUGUUAAAGAAUUUUAUUAUGAAAAUAUUGAUAAAUUAUUUUCAAUAUUUUCUGAUUAUAAGUCAUGGUCAAUUCAUGAUUCAGAAUCUCAAAUUUUUUGUGCAUGUUUAAUUUAUAUGAAACAAAUUUUGGCUUAUAAUAUAAACAUUAUUUUACCAAUUUUGAAAGAAACUAUGACAAAUGAUGCUGAUCCUGAAUUGAGAUUGAAACAUUUUAUUUUAUUAUCAGAAUAUUUUAAUCAGGGAUCUUUAAGCGAAAUUAUGGAUUUGAAAUUUUCUAAUCAAUUUUUGAAAGAUUGUAUACUUCCUGGAUUAAUUUGGAGUGCAGGAAAAACUGCUGAAGCUAUACGUACAGCAGCAGUUUCUUGUUUAUGUAUUUUUUUAGAUAAAUAUGAAAAAGAUUCUAUAAUGAAAGAAACUAUAGAUUGUGAUGAACAAAAUAUUUGUUUAAUACUUGAUGAAAUAAUUCCUAUUUUAAUUAGUCUUGCAGAUGAUAAUUCUAAGAAAAGUAGAUUUUAUUCUUUGCAAGCUAUGUAUCUAAUAAUGUGUAUUAGAAAACAAUUUGAUCAUCUCACAGAAGAAUAUGUACAUAAAAUAUAUCCUGUACUUCUAAAAAGACUUGAUGAUGGAUGUGAUGAUGUUAGAUUAAUAUCAUUAGAAGCUUUAACAGAAGUUUGGAAUGCAAUACCUAAGAAUUACGAUUUACAUUUUAAUAAAGGACAUAUAGAUACUUUAUAUACUACAAUUAUAAUAUAUUUGGACGAUCCAGAAAGUGAAUUUCGAAAUAUUGUAUUAGAUAGUUUAAAAGAAUUAGCCAAAGUACACCCAGAAUUAUUAUAUCAAAAACUUCAAAAGUGUAAGAUGAAUUUUAGAAAUCAAAUAGGAAUAGAGAUAUUAAUAGAACAUUGUCAAUUAAAUAUGUCAGAACUUAAUACUGAUCACGUUGACUCUAUAGAAGAAGAAUUGGAAGUGGAAUCUAAUUACAAACCUCCUCCAGAAAAAACAAUAGAACAAAUUUUAGAAACAGAUAAAGAAGAUGAAAGUUUACGUAAAUAUAAAGAAACACUUUUAGGAGAAGCCAAAUCUGGAGGUAUUGUUGUAGAUCCAAAUGAUCCUAGAAAAGUAAUAGUAAAAAAAUUAGCACUUUGUGUAGCAGAUCGACCAGAUAUGGAAUUAGAUUUAACAGGUGAUCUAUCUCAAUUAAAAAAACAAACAUUUGUAAUAAAAGAAGGUGUUAGCUAUAGAAUCAGAAUUGAUUUCAUUGUUCAACGUGAAAUUGUGCAUGGCUUAAAAUAUGUUCAAAAAACUUAUCGUUUUGGAGUACCAGUGGAUAAAAUGAUGCAUAUGGUGGGUUCUUAUCCACCAAAAACAGAAAUUCAAUCAUAUACUACUCCAACAGAGGAUGCACCAGCUGGAAAAGUGGCACGUGGCUCUUAUAGUGUAAGCUCCUUGUUUACUGAUGAUGACAAACAUGAACAUCUUAAGUGGGAGUGGUCAUUUGAAAUUAAGAAAGACUGGAAAGAAUAAACUUUCUUUCAUAAUAGGAAGCUGUACAACGAUCGCAAUUAAAAUAAGAAUGCCAAAAGGAACUCUAAUUUUUAUAGAUAUUCAGUCAUACUGCGAUGCCAUAACUGUAUUUUUUAAGUAAUAAGAGAAAGAGUAACAUUGAUAUUUA